AUUUGGCAACCCUGUUGCUAAAACUCUGCUGGAGAAGAUUGUCCGGCUUUUCUACAGCAGAUGCAUCUUCAGUGAUUAAUGCAGAUCACAUCAGGAGAUAACGGACGUUCCGUCGCUUGAUGUAUUUCAUAUAUGUUUAUCAGCCAUGGCGCGUUAUUCACCCUUCACGACAAAUCUAGACCCAGUGAGAAAGUUGCCAGUGAAGACAGCAGUCACUGUUGUGGCCACUGUUGUGUUUUUUAAGUGUUUAUUCUCGUGUCCGUGUGCGAGUCCGGAGGAAACGAUUGUGCACUGCUGGCUGUACCUGCUGCUUCCUGUAGGCAUCAUGCUCUUCAUCCUCAUCCUGGUGGACACACAGCUGCUCAAACUGUGCCAGUGUUACGUGUGCAGGUGUUGUGCGCGAGCCGAGGGCAGAUGUUGCAGUGACAGUGUGGAGUGCUGCUGCUGUGCUGGAGGUCACUGUUACAGGCCCACACACUGCGGGGAAGAGGUGCGCUACUACUGCGCUCUUAUAGGGGGUUAUUUACUGAGGGUUUUCUGUGCCUCGGCUCUGUGGAUUGUGGUCGCGUUGGUUGAUGGUGACUGGUACGUCUGCAUCCGCACAGUGACGGUGAACGGUACCGGGCCACAACAGAUCGCCUGUAAGGAUUUACCAACACCAGAAGAAGCAGAAACUCUGAGGAAAUACAGCAGUGAGUCACGGAUUAUUGCUUUGGUCAUCAUCCUGGGGCUUUCCUUCCUGCUGGUGGUAAAUACCGCUAUCAUGACCAGAUGGAAGCCGUACUACAAGUCAGUGUUUGAGGCGUACGUGGAGCAGGAGACGGAAGCCACGCUGGACGGGAAGCUGCACGAGCAGGCCGUGGAAAGAGCAAAACUUCUGAGUGAGAGUGUGUUGCACUGCGUUCACAGUCAGCAUGAGAACAACAGACAGGAAGAAGGACACAUUCAGUACCAACCACUAACAGAGACAGAGGAGAAUAUGUGGAGGAGAAUAUCACACCCAGCCUUCCAUCUGCUGGGAGUGAGGAUCCAUUCCUGAGGUGUUCAGUCAUCCAGGGCAUUGUGAGUGUCUGUGAAAUGAUCUGUAAGCAAGCAAACUAUACCACUCCGUUAGAAAGGAACCCGUUACUGACAAGCAAGGCUUAUUUAUUGCACAAAAAAAUGCUUGAUUAAUGCAGUAUUAGAUUUUUAUUUUUAGGGAAAACCCUCACACUUAAUAGUGAAGGUUGAGUUGCUAAACCGUUGAUGCUGAAAAGAUUAAAAGCAGUACAACGGAUUAACUGUGAAUUGAGUCAUGGCAUGUUUGCUUCCUGUUUUAACGUUAGAUGUUUUGAGAUGAUUGUCUACCGACGGUUAGAUGCUGGGAAGAAUGAUUCGUUUAAAAGGUAUACAAAAUUUAACAGGUAUAAAGAGCUAUUAGACAAUAAAGGACUGAGACAACAGUGUAGGUUUUCUAACAGUUUUACAAGAGUCUUGUAUGUUAGCCUGCUCACAAGAACUGUACAUUUAUAGCUGUUUAAGAUUUAGAUUUAAUAAAUGCAAACGCUUCCUGAAUAUAGAAAUGAAUAACACUAUGUUUAUGGUUAAAAAGGAAAGAAAAGGUAGUGUUUAUUAUUGCACUGUUUAAUGUAUUGGGAAUUGAAGGUUGUCUUUUUAACAGCGUAGGUUUUUACCGGCAAACCCGAGCCAAACCUCCGUGCACAUAACCUGACCCACAGGAUGUAUCUAUGUUAUUUCUUUUAUCUGUCUUCUAUUACCAUUAUCUAAAGCAGCUUCUUUUACACUCCGAUAUACAUAAACAUAAGAAAAUCAAGUGUUCAUUUCCACUACACACUUUAUUCAUUUCCAUAUCAUAUUACAGCUAUCCAUGCAGAAAGGAAGUAAAUACUUGAGUAAAUGCCUACAGAUCCUAUGUUAACAAGCAGACAAACCUCAGCGAUGAUUUUAUGCAUAGAUCUAAAUAACAAUUAUGUGUAAUUAUGUUUUCAUGGAAUUAUAUUAAUAUAAAACAAUCCA